AUGACCAAGAGACAUUUUUCCUCAAAAGGAAAUAGAGCCAGCGAUAAGUUAGAAUUAAUUCACUCUGAUUUGAGUGGCCCCAUGAAUAUACAAGCAAGAGGUGGUUUUGAGUAUUUUGUGACUUUCACAGAUUAUUACUCAAAAUAUGGAUACAUUUAUCUGUUGCGCCGUAAGUCUGAAUGCUUUGAGAAAUUCAAAGAAUUUAAGACGAAAACGGAGAAACGACAUGAUAAAUAUAUCAAAACAUUGCGAACUGAUCGUGGUGUACCUUCAACCCUAGCAGAAUUGUGGACUGGGCGCAAGCCAAGUUUACGGCACAUUCGGGUUUGGGGUUGUCCAGCACAUGUGCUGAAACAGAAAGCGGAUAAAUUGGAAUCGAGAACAGAAGUAUGCAUAUUCAUUGGAUAUCCAAAAGGAACUAAAGGAGGUUUAUUUUAUUGUCCCAAAGAAAAGAAGGUAAUUGUUACAACAAAUGCCAGAUUUUUAGAAGAGGACUAUUUAAUGAACCAUAUUCCUAAAAGUAAACUAGUUUUACAGAAAUUAAGUAAUAGAAUAACUAAUGACUCAUCUCUGGAACAUAUCUUGGAAGCCAGUAUUGACAUACCACUGCAUUAUCAUAGCGGGAGAAAUGUUAAUUGGCAGCAGAACGCACAAGAGCAAUUUCCUAACAUCUCACUACCCCAAAGUAGUGGGAGUAAUAUUGAGCAAUCUCAGAUUGUUCAGCAACCUGAAAUUGUUGUGCAGCCUGCACUUCAGGAAGAAGUUAAUGAUAUCCCAGCACCGCAAGGUGUGGAGGAUAACAUUGAAGCUUCAGUUCCGGAAAAUGAUAUUGUGAUUCAACAACAAAAUCCAACUGCACCUGUAGUGACUAGUCGUAGUGGGAGAAUUAUUAAUAAACCUCUCCGGUUUGUGCUCUUGGGAGAAUAUUAUGAUAGAAUCCCUGAAAAACCUAAUAUAGAACCUCUUAAUUACGACGAAGCACUAUAG